UAAACUUUUCAGCUUUACUUAUUCAUGUAACAUUAUAAAUGUGAUUCAUUACAUAUUUCUUGUAAUAUUCAUGCAAACAAUUUAAACUUUUACAUAAAAAAUAUAUUUUCAACUACUUUCGACUCGACACUAUAAAAAACCCUUUGACAGUCAUUGCUAACCAACUAAUUUGAAGAGUACUAUUUCAUACCAAAAAUGUGUAAUCACGUAUGACAACCAAAAAUAGCUGCAUAAUACAAUCUAAUCAUAACAUGUCAACUUACAAUUUUUUGUUUGAAUACUUUGUAAAGUUUUGUGGAGUGUGUUUCUCAAGUGUCGUAUUAAAUAAAUCAUGUUUCCAAGUGCGUUUAUACAAAGGUACGCGUUCCUUAAGGAAGUAUUAUGUCGUACUUUACUACAGACCUACUUCUACGUACGACGUCUGCUGUAUUUUGGUUCGCAACAAGUUUUGUUUUGGAUUUAAAAACUUUUUUAAAAUGGCUCCACAAACGGGUUCGGCAACUCCUGAACAAAUCGAAACCCUUCUCAAUUUCCUGGACGAACACAGAGAUUUAGCUCGCGGGAGAUUGAGAGGUAGUGACGGGAGUGCCCACGCAAAGAGGCUGUGGGAAGAAUUGUGUAACAAUCUUAAUUCGAUGGGUGGUUGCACUAAAACUGUUCAACAGUGGCAAAAGGUAUGGUUUGAUCGCAAACAUCUCGCGAAGAAAGCUGCUGCUGAUUCUCGUAGGUUGGCUUCAGCGACUGGAGGUGGUCCAUUGACGGCACCCCAACUGUCCCAAUGGCAGUUGAAAAUACUGUCAAUAAUGGGAUUUGGGUUUGGUGAUCGCCAAACAGGUGCCAGAGUGCCAGCCUUUAUGGAGAUCAAUGAACCAAUUCCAUCAACCUCCAGUCAAACAAGCCAUCCUGUGAGAAUUCCACAGCCCUUUGAUGUGGACAAUCCAGAGGAAUUUCUAGAGUAUGUGGAACCCAGCCAGGAAGAUAGGCAGCUGUCACAACCUGAGAGUCUAGCUGUAACAGCUGCCUAUGUACCACCAACAUUCACACAAGAAUGCCCAACGUUCACACCUUCCUCACGACGUACACGCUCUACAAGGAGACGAUCUGCCAGCACAGAUGUAAGAAGCAGAUUAUAUCAGUAUGAAGAGGAGCGUGCACAGAGAGACGGUGACAAACGCAGAGCUUGCAGGCAUCAGGGGAGAAUUGGCAGGCAUCAGUGCUACCCUGUUGCAGCUGCAUAAUACAAUAAAGGAAUAUGUAGAUAGGAAUUAAGAUUUUGUUAGUGUUUUGUUAUUAAUUUGUUAUGUUUACAUAGGAUUAAUGAUUAUUAUAUUUAUUUUAGAUUUAGAUUAAGGAUU